CACAGCGGUCACACUGGUGUGAAUUAAAGGCGAAAAAUAAGUUUUGAAAGAAAAUUUAAUCUCGAAAAUUCGUGGAAAUCCGCAUUCUUUAAAAUUAAAAAAGCAUGAACGCCUUUCCAGGUACGUUCGCAUUUGACGAAUAUGGUCGGCCAUUCAUAAUAUUGCGCGACCAGGAGAGCCAGAAGCGCAUCACAGGAACAGAUGCCAUCAAGACGCAUAUUAUGGCGGCACGUCAGAUUGCCUCGACUGUGAAGACAUCCCUGGGACCCAAGGGUCUGGACAAAAUCAUGGUCAGUUCUGAUGGCGAUGUGACUGUCACAAAUGACGGUGCCACCAUAAUGAAGCUGAUGGAGGUGGAGCACGAGAUUGCCAAGCUAAUGGUGCAGCUGUCGCAGUCGCAGGACGAUGAAAUUGGCGACGGCACCACUGGCGUUGUUGUGUUGGCCGGUGCACUGCUGGAGCAGGCAGAGGGUCUGAUCGACCGUGGCAUUCAUCCCAUUCGCAUUGCGGAUGGCUUCGAGCUGGCUGCCCAGUGCGCCAUCAAGCAGCUCGAUUUAAUUGCUGAACCCUUCCCCGUGGAUCCGAACAAUAAGGAACCGCUCAUUCAGAUAGCUAUGACCACGCUGGGCAGCAAGAUUGUGAACAAAUGCCAUCGUCAAAUGGCGGAGAUGGCAGUCGACGCCGUCCUCAAUGUGGCCGACAUUGAAAAGAAGGAUGUCAACUUUGAGCUCAUCAAGAUCGAGACUAAGGUCGGAGGUCGCAUGGAGGAUUCGAUGCUGGUGAAGGGCGUCAUUGUGGACAAGACCCUUAGUCACUCGCAAAUGCCCAAGGAGUUGAGAAAUGUUAAGCUGGCCAUCCUCACCUGCCCAUUUGAGCCGCCCAAGCCCAAGACCAAGCAUAAGUUGGAUGUCACCUCUGCGGAGGACUACAGGGCGCUGCGCGAGUACGAGCAGGAGAAGUUUACCCAGAUGGUGAAGCAAGUGAAAGACGCCGGCGCCACUCUCGCUAUCUGUCAGUGGGGCUUCGAUGACGAAGCCAACCAUCUGCUGCUGCAGCAGGAACUCCCCGCAGUACGCUGGGUAGGUGGACCUGAGAUAGAGCUCAUCGCUAUUGCCACUGGUGGUCGCAUUGUGCCGCGUUUUGAGGAGCUGACUCCUGAGAAGCUCGGAUCUGCCGGUCUCGUGCGUGAGAUGGCUUUCGGCACGUCGAAGGACAAAAUGCUUGUGAUUGAGGAGUGCAAAAACUCAAAGGCAGUCACAAUCUUCCUGCGCGGAGGCAACGCAAUGAUCAUUGCUGAGGCCAAGCGCUCUAUCCACGAUGCCAUCUGCGUGGUGCGCUCAUUGGUCAAAGACUCGCGUAUUGUGUACGGUGGUGGAGCCGCAGAGAUCAGUUGCUCCCUGGCUGUGGCCAAGGAGGCCGACCAGCUGUCUACCCUGGAGCAGUACGCAUUCCGCGCCUUCUCUGUGGCCUUGGAGAGUAUUCCACUGGCCCUGGCCGAGAACAGCGGUCUGCAUCCGAUUGAAACGCUGUCCGAGUUGAAGGCCAGUCAGGUCGCCGAAAAGAAACCUAGCUUGGGUGUUGACUGCAUGCUGACCGGUGAUUCGGACAUGAAGAGCCACAACGUUGUGGAGUCGUUGAACUCGAAGAAACAGCAGAUCCUGUUGUCCACCCAGCUCGUCAAGAUGAUACUCAAGAUCGACGACGUGCGAUCCAAGAACGAUGGUAGCAUGUAGAGAACCUUAUGAGUGCCCUCGCAACGCCAACACACAUCAAUCAGCCAGCGCCCAGACAUAGAUUCUUCACACAUCCAUCCCCUUCGCUUUGCUAUUUCCUCACAAACACCCGCGCAUCGCCUCAUCUACUUAUGUUUAUCUGUAUUAAUUGUUUAAAUUUAUUAAUCAACAACUAAAUUCUUUGGAAAAGAACAAAAAUUAUAUAAAGGUACACUUGGUACACAAAUACAACACUAAAA